AAAAAUGGGCUUCCUCCCCUCCAAAGACAAGUUCCGCGCGCUCGACUUCACCAACAAAAAGAAGCUGCGCGCCCUCGAAGAAGAAAAGCAACAACUCCAGCGCGAGCUCACCCUGCGCGCAAACCGCCAAAGCCAGCAAGCCAACCAGGCCUACAUCAACCAGCAGCAUGAGGAAGCGCGCCGCAAGCGCGAGCGCGCGCAGCACAACGCCAAAAUGCGCCGCCUCAAAGAGGCAUCCCCCGAGACGCUGCGUUCGCUGCGCGAGCUCAUUCGCACGCGGUACCAACUCGACGUGGAGAUUUGGAAUCUGCGCGGCGUGCGCAGACCGGAUCGCUGCAUCGCGGAACGGAAGAUGGAGAAGGCGGACGCGGUUAUGGAGGAGAUUCUGGGCAUGGUGGCCGUGUGGGGGGAUAAUGCGGAUGGGCUUUGGGACGAAGAUGAGUGGGAGAGAGUUAAGGAGAUUCGGAAGAGACUGAUGAGUGAGGGGAAGAGGGAGUGGGUGGGGAACCCGCCGUGGGCGGAGAGACGGUGA